AUGCACAUUUCUCUGUGGUCUUCCGGCUUCUUGCUCCUGGUUCCAGCGGCAACUGCUCAGCUCAACAUUUGGGCUCGAGCUUCAGGGAAACUUUACUUCGGAUCUGCAACGGACAACUACGAGCUUUCGGACAAACCAUACAAGGCGCAACUAAGUAAUACUCAUGAUUUCGCUCAAAUUACCCCAUUUGCAACGGAACCGACCAGAGGCAAAUUCAAUUUCACUGGAGGAGACGAAAUUGUCAAGUUCGCCAAAAAGAAUCAACAGCUCGUCAGAGGCCAUACUUGUGUUUGGCACAGUCAGCUUCCGGAUUGGGUUGAAGCAGGGAAUUUUAGCAAGGCAGAGCUUAAUUCCAUCGUGCACAACCACUGCCACGCCUUGGUUAAACAUCAUAAGGAGCCAUUCAACGAAGAUGGAACUUUCCGCGAAACUGUGUUUUACAACACUAUAGGUAUAUCGUAUAUCAGCACUGCUCUUCGAGCAGCCAGGGCAGCUGAUCCUAAGGCAAAACUCUAUAUCAACGAUUAUAAUCUUGAGGGAUUGAGCCCCAAAUCUACAGGAAUGGUCAACCUUGUCAAGCAACUAAAGAAAGACCGCGUUCCAAUUGACGGCAUCGGUGUGCAAGGUCAUCUCAUUGUCGGGAGCUUGCCUACCACAAUUCGGGAAAAUCUUCAAGCAUUCGCAGAUCUAGGGGUUGAAGUCGCGAUUACUGAACUAGACAUUCGGAUGCCAACACCUCCUACUGCUGCGCUUUUGGAACAGCAAAAGAAGGACUAUCAAACUGUGAUCGCUGCUUGUAAAGCGGUCAAGAAAUGCAUUGGUGUCACCAUCUGGGACUGGACCGAUAAGGCACGCGUAUUUGAAGGGGAAGGCGCAGCCUUACCUUGGGACGAGAAUCUCGUCAAGAAACCCGCCUACUACGUCCUGAGACGAGAACAGCAUCAGCACCACUUUUACAAACGUACUGCGGUGACAUAUAGAAUAUUCUACGCGACCUCAUGA